GUGCCACUUUCAGGUCUCCUCACACUGCUGGUGUGUUCCAUUUUUUGUCAUAGGGUGCUGGCAGAUUACGGGCCUCCCAUUGCUGCUGCCAGGCCCGUAAUCUGCCAUGGGCCCCUGUACCGCCUCCUCAUGCUGCUGCCAGGUCCAGAGUGUGUCAUGGGUCCCUGUACGGCCUCCCAUUGCUGCUGUCUCCAUCGCCACACUCUGCCAUGUGCCACUUUCAGGUCUCCUCACACUGCUGGUGGUUUCCAUUUUUGUCAUAGGGUGCUGUAUGGCCUCCCAUUGCUGCUGCCUCCACCGCCACACUGUGGCUCCACACUCUGGUUUUGGCCCCGUGACUGCCCAAAUGAGUGAAGUGUGCGGUGAUUCUAAGAUCGACGGCACUCAUCUGCAUGUCAUACUG